UUGUUUGGCAGUGCCGAGGAAACAUUUGCAAUGGCUAACAACGUCGUUGUUGUUCUUAAGGUAGCUCCUGUUUCUCUGCCUCCAUUUCCCAUAACAAACAAUGCUCUCACUUUCAAGAGCCAAAGACACACACUUCAUCUGAAUUGCUUCCAAACCAAAAACAGAACAACCUCAUUCCCUUCUUCCUCGUCAAUCCUCAGAAACAAAGCUAGUUGCUCUGUGUUGGCGUGUCUCCCUCCUGAAUCCUCAACCUCAUCUUCCACUGCUAAACCCUCUUUUCCUUCUCCUCAAACUAAGCUUUAUGUCAGUGGGCUAUCAUUUCGUACCACUGAAGAGAGUUUGCGAAAUGCAUUUAAGAAUUUUGGUCAACUUGUGGAAGUCAAGCUGGUGAUGGAUAGAAUUGCAAAUAGACCAAGAGGGUUUGCUUUUCUUCGUUAUGCAACUGAAGAAGAGUCGCAGAAGGCUAUUGAGGGAAUGCAUGGAAAGUUCUUGGAUGGAAGGGUCAUAUUUGUGGAAGUUGCCAAACCGAGAUCAGAGUUAGCGCCAAGGAAACAGGAAGACACUAGAUUGUAAUGAAGAUCCAAUCAAAGGAUACAGUAGCCAUAUGUUCAUCUUGGAUUCUUGGUGUGCAAUAGGAAGAAUCAUUGCAGCAUUGUACUUGACAUUUUAUAAAAGACCCCUACUUGAUUAAAGUUUUUUGCCUCCCUUAUUUUCCACCCCACUGACACUCUUAGGAUUCAGCAAUGAAAACUCUUUUAAGCACCACGGCCAUUUCUGCAAUAUAUUGCCAAAUUUAUGCCAUUUGUGCAUAAUGUACUCGUUGACAAUGUUACAAAUGUCAAUGGCGUUUCUUGAAGUAGUUGUUAUCAGAAAUCAGAAUUUUGUUGCUGACUUGCCUUAAAUGAUUACUAAUGAAUUUUAAUCUUAAAUGUA